AUGGCCGACAGAGACGUUCUUCCCGACGUGGUCAAGCCAUCCAACUAUGCCAUCUCCCUAUUCGAUCUCGAGCUCGGCGGUAGCUGGUCCUACCAGGGCAAGGUCGACAUUGACGUCGAAGUCAAGCAAGACACCAAGGAAAUCACUCUGAACACCCACCAGCUCAAGGUCCACAGCGCCCAGGUCUCGACCGAACAAGGAAAGACCGAGGGUGCUAUCAAGGCUUCCACCAUCUCCUACGAUGAGAAGAACCAGAGGGCUACCUUCCACUUCGACCAGCCCAUCCCUCAAUCGCACAAGGCUGUCAUCUCGGUCCAAUUCAGCGGUAUCAUGAACAACGAUAUGGCUGGAUUCUACCGUUCCAAGUACAAGCCCACCGUCCCUGCCGCCGCAUCUGUCCCCAGAGACUCUGAAUACCACUACAUGCUGUCCACUCAAUUCGAAUCUUGCGACGCCCGCAGAGCCUUCCCCUGUUUCGAUGAGCCCAACCUCAAGGCAACUUUCGACUUCGAGAUUGAGAUUCCAGAGGACCAGACCGCUCUGUCCAACAUGCCUGAGAAGGAAGUCAAGAAGGGUAACAAGUCUGGCACAAAGAUCGUUUCCUUCGACCGCACUCCUAUCAUGAGCACCUACCUUCUGGCUUGGGCUUUCGGUGACUUUGAAUACAUCGAGGACUUUACUAGACGCAAGUACAACGGCAAGAACCUCCCCGUCAGAGUCUACACCACCAGAGGCCUCAAGGAACAGGGCAAACUGGCCCUGGAGAGUGCUCACCAGGUCGUCGACUACUUCUCCGAGAUCUUCCGCAUUGAAUACCCUCUUCCCAAGGUCGAUCUUUUGGCUGUUCACGAAUUCUCACACGGUGCCAUGGAGAACUGGGGUUUGAUCACCUACAGAACUACCGCCGUCCUCUUCGACGAAUACGCCUCGGACCAGAAGUACAAGAACCGCAUUGUCUACGUUGUUGCUCACGAGCUUGCCCACCAAUGGUUCGGAAACCUCGUCACCAUGGACUGGUGGUCAGAACUCUGGUUGAACGAGGGUUUCGCUACCUGGGUCGGCUGGUUGGCUGUGGACCACCUCCACCCGGAUUGGUCAGUCUGGUCUCAAUUCGUCACUGAGUCUAUGCAAACUGCUUUCAACUUGGACUCCUUGAGAACUUCUCACCCUAUUGAGGUUCCCGUCAGGAACGCACUGGAAGUCGAUCAGAUCUUCGACUCUAUCAGUUAUCUCAAGGGAAGCUCAGUCAUCCGUAUGCUGGCUUCUCACUUGGGUGUUGAGACCUUCUUGCACGGUGUUGGCGACUACCUUCAGGCUCACAAGUACCAGAACGCUACCACUAGUGAUUUGUGGUCUGCUCUUAGCAAGGCCAGCGGAAAGGACGUCAACACUUUCAUGGACCCCUGGAUCCGUAAGAUUGGUUUCCCUGUCGUUACUGUAGCUGAAGAGCCCGGUCAAAUCAGCAUCAAGCAGUCUCGAUUCCUUAGUGGUGGAGAUGUCAAGCCUGAAGAGGACGAGACCACCUGGUGGAUCCCUCUUGGUCUCAAGUCUGGCUCAAACACAUCCGAAGUCAAGAGCGGCUCUCUCACUGCUAAGGAGGAUACUAUCCGUGACGUCGACGACAGCUUCUACAAGCUCAACUCCGAACAGACUGGCUUCUACCGCACAAACCUUCCUCCCAAGAGACUCACACAACUUUCAACUCAGCUUGAUAAGCUCUCUCCUCAGGACAAGAUUGGUUUGAUCGGCGAUGCUGCAGCUCUCGCCAUCUCAGGCGAUGCAACCACUGCCGGUGUCCUUUCUUUCCUAGAGGGCUUCACCAAGGAGACCAACUACCUUGUCUGGUCCGAAGUUCUUUCAAGUCUCGGAAACAUCAGAUCUGUCUUUGCCGACGACGAGCAGGUUUCUGAGGGUCUUCGCCAGUACACUCUGCGCUUGGUUAGCGAAGCCACUGACAAGAUCGGCUGGGACUUCGCUCCCCACGACGAUUACCUGACUGGUCAGCUGCGUGCUCUUCUGCUCGCUUCUGCUGGUAUGGCAGGACAUGAGGCUACUGUUGCCGAAGCUAAGAAGCGUUUCACUGCUUUCACUGAGGGCGGUGACAAGAAGGCUAUUCACCCCAGUUUGCGCACAGCUACCUUCAAGAUUGCCGUCAAGGAAGGUGGUAAGCCUGCAUACGAUGCUGUCAUGAAAGAAUACCUCAACACAACCUCUGUCGAUGGCAAGGAGAUUGCUCUUCAAGCACUCGGCAGAGUCCAGUCGACUGAGUUGGCCAGAGAAUACCUCAAGUGGUCUUUCAGCGGCGCCGUCGCCACCCAAGACCUGCACACUCCUUCCAGAGCACUGGCUCUCAACUCAAAGACCAAGCUCGAAGUCUGGCACUUCGUCAAGGAGAACUGGACCAUGCUGAGAGAGCGUCUUGGCAACAACAUGGUCGUCCUAGAGAGAUAUCUCCGCAUGAGUUUGAACAGAUUCUCGAGCUUCGAGGUAGAGAAGGAUAUUGCCGACUUCUUCAAGAACAAGGACAACGCUGGCUAUGACCGUGGUCUUGCUGUCGUCAGCGACACAAUUAAGGGCAGAGCCAGAUACGCACAACACGAUCUUGAGAUUGUUAGAGAGUGGCUGUCGGCUCAUGGUUACAUGAAGUAG